UGUUUACGAUCUUUCUGGGGUGACUGGGGUCAUGACCCAGGGUCGCGGGGACGGGUCCGAGUGGGUCACACGUUUCCACGUGUCUUACAGCAUGGACGCCUACCACUGGAACUACGUCACAGACAACUACGGCAACCAGUGGCUAUUUGAAGGUAACAUCGACUCCUUCUCUGUAAAACACAACUACCUGGACCAGCCCAUCAUAGCUCGCUACAUCAAAUUUCACACCGUUCAAUGGAACAGGCAUCCAAGCAUGCGUGUCGAAAUUAUGGGAUGUCAAUUGUGCAAAGAACCCCUGGGUCUCCCGCCCUACGGCAAGAUUACCGCCUCCACGUCUAGAAAGUUCCAGAAGGGAAGCUCAUGUCAGCCGGAGGAUGGUCACGUGCUGAGUAGCAAGGCCUGGUGCUCCAAGAAACAGAACGACACCCAGUGGUUACAGAUUGACGUGGGGCCCCCCACCCUCAUCACCGGCAUCAUCACCAAGGGGCGGGGCGACUCGGACCGGAAACACUGGGUCCAGCGGUUCCGCAUCGCAUACAGCAACGACACCCGCCUGUGGUACAGCUACAAGGACGCCCAUCACCUUGACCCCAAGAGUCGUUGGCUAUGGAGUCCAUCUCUUAAUACAACCUCCUCGCAAUUAAUUCCUGACAAAUACUCGGAAAGCGGACUGUUGUUUGGAGGCAACUCGGACAAGGACACUCCCAGAAUCCACUUCCUCAACAGCCCAUUCGUGGCCCGCUACGUCCGGUUCCAGCCCGUAGAGUGGAAGGGGAAGAUCGCCAUGAGGGCGGGACUUCUAGGCUGUCCUUUUACAG